AUGUCUCCUGCCAACAGAUUCCUUGGGCUCUUCGGCCUUGCAGCAACUGCACAGGCAGCAUGCUCUAACUUCAUGGUGGACGACUUUUCGAGAUCAUCCGUUGGAGGAGUCAACAAGCUCAAUUCGUGGACUAGUGACGACGAUUCCAUGUCAAAGAUCGCCAUCAGCAACGGAGCACUUACCUUCACUCCCAAAGCCGAUACCACUUCAUACUUCUAUGAGACCCUGGGGUGCGUUAAAGCAGUUACCAAGGGCUACAAGGCCUUGUCGCUGUCUAUUACUGGGCCCAAAGACGCUUCCAUGUUGCUAGAAAUCCAGUCAAGAGCAUCAUGUAGCGACAACACGUACAAGAGCCAAUGGGUCACCAUCUCGGGGCUCACUGGCUCACAGCAAACCGUUACCAUCUCUCUAUCUUCAUUUACGGAGGCAAACCUGGACGCUAUCACCGGAUUUGUCUGGUCCACAUACUCGCAAUUCUCCUCGUAUUCAUUCGACAACUUGCAGUUCCUCAACACCGGUUUCAAGCAGCUCUCAGUCCAGCUCCAUUCUUUCGGGUGCUACAACUCGCACUUCAGUAUCAUCCACAUCCGGAACGGUACGAGCUGCAAGCACGGCAUCGAGUACCGGCCCAUCCUCCUUCUCGACGUCAGCCAGGUCAUCAGGUGCCUCUCAGAGUGCUACCUCGCCCGCGGCAAACUCCCAGGCCAGCAGUACAUCUUCAGUAGCUUCAAGUGUCCGCUCAUCAUCCUCGUCUAUCUCUUCUGUCAGGGCUUGUCACCUGCUUCGUCGAGCUGCAGCAAUCUUCUCAUCGACGAUUGGGAGUCCCAGUCACGGCUGACAUUCCUCUUCUACAAUGCCAUGCUUCAGCCAAGCAGCGAUGACGGUACUAUGAAGAGCAUCUCUGUGAGCGGUAACAGGGUCACCUUGUCAGCAAACAAUAAGGACUCUUAUUUCUACAGCAAGACUGCCUGCACAAAUGCCAAGACGCAGACUUAUGGUGGUAUCUCUCUGCGCAUCAAGGCCACCAAGGGUACGACAUUCCAAGUCCAGAUGGCAUCGCCGGCGACAUGUGGCGGUGACGAUACAGUCUUUGGCUUUCAGUCCACAGCUGAUCUCGGAUGGACAUUCGACGGCACCGAAAAGCUAUAUAGCUUUCCCUUCUCCAAGUUCCCUUCCAUCGACCAGUCCAAGGUAUCCUCAAUUUUAUUCGGCUCACUAUCAGGGGCUGUGACUUUUGGUCCCAUGGCCUUCUACUGCGGAAGCACACCCUCUGAGUAUAUCGUCAAGACUCAGCCGUCUGUUUCUGCUACAGCUUCGACUGUCCCUGCGCCCAGCGCCACGGUUCCGGCCAAGGUCAUUGACAACUUUGCAAGCCAGAGCCAAAACGCCCUCGGAUUCUGGCAUGGAGGUGAUGUCGACACUGCAGCAAAGUGGACCAAGGGAAAGGUCGUUAUCAAGGCACCGGACGCCGACUACUCCUACUACACGCAAUUCGGAGAUGGGUGCACCGACAUGACCAUGUAUGAUGGUUCUUACUUGCACGUUGCCUACUCGGGAAGCAAUAAAUUCACCAUUACUAUGCAGCAGCACAACACGCAAUGCAGCGAUACUGUAGCACCUUUCCCCGAGACCUGGGAUUCGUUGGAGGCGGCUCGCUAUGCCACCGGCAACGACAUCUACAUUCCCAUUUCCCAUUUCAAUAUCGUACGCAAGCGUGCCGUUGGCCUGGCUUUCAAGGGCUUCUACACCAACGAGGCGGUGACUUUGACCAAAGUCGAAAUCGUCUCGUCUGUCCCCGCCAAUACGCUUAUCCCAAACAAGCUGCCCAGUGGUAACCUGGUCUUUGCUUGCAAGCGACCCAAUUCGAUUGCCUUUGCCAUCGAUGACGGUGACCCGAAGUACGCCCAGGAGGUCAUGGAGGUUAUCAGGUCGGAGAACAUCAAGGUCACCUUCUUCACCGUCGGUGCUCCCUUGAGAGACCCCUCUACGAAUCUGAGCACCAUCUAUCAGGACAUGAUGAAGGAAGGCCACCAGAUGGCCCUUCAUAGCUACACCCACCCUAGAAUGGAGGGGCUCCCCAACAAUGACGCUAUUAUGUGGGAGUAUAGCCAGGAUAUUGCCGCUGUCAAGGAGCAGUUUGGCAUCACAACCAAGUACUUCCGUCCUCCUUUCGGUAACGAGGGCGCUCGUAUGAGACAGCAGCUGGUUGCGGCGACGCAAAGCAACAACCCCUACAUUGUGAACUGGAACAUCGAUGUCGAGGACUGGCUCUAUGCCCAGUCCGACACUCCCGAGCAGCAGAAGGUGUCUUUCAAGCGCGACCUGGACAAGGGCGGCAGUCUCGUUGUUAUGCACUAUUUGUACCCUAGUACUGUCAGCUAUCUGAGGGACUUCAUCAAGAUGGCCAAGGCCACGGGAAAGCAGCUCAUGCGGGUAGAUCAGUGCAUGGAGGACCCUGAUGCACCUCCGUUAUAG